CCGAGUCCCCUCUCCGCCCCGCUGUCUCCUCCACCGGAGGCGGGCAAUUAGAGGUCUGAAGAAAUAGGUCUGCGAUUGCUGGGCAGAUGAAUUAGUUGGCGUUCAGUGUCUGUAUGGAGGGUAAGUUCUGUGCGCAGGGGGCCAAAAAUGUCGGGGAUGUAUGGAGUCACGACGCACGACGCAGCGCGGCUCGUCAUGACCUGAAGUGAAUCACGACGGGAUUGCUUUAGUGACGUGAAAUUUAGGUUGGCUGCAAUUAGGCAUGGCUUGUGCGCCGCAUAUUUACCAGCAGCUGUAGCCUCAUAGCUGCUUUUCCCCCCUCCACCAUUUUCACCACCUCCUGCUUUUCUUUCUUUUUCUUUUUGCUUAUUGUUUUUCUCUGAGUCAUUUUUAUAUAAUGUAGCAGCUUUGCAUCAAAAGACAUUUCACUACAUCCGGAACUUGCGCAAACUAUCUUGCGCUGUAUUGCAUUUUUCCCCCCUAUUAAGUAAAGAGCGUGGCUGCUCUGCGCCGGUCAAGUGUUUGCGGAUUUCUUUCUGGACACGGCGCUUCAUGCUUCGUGCACCUGUGGACGCCUGCAAAUGAGGAAGCGAGGACGCCUUUUGUGAUUUCUUUUAUUUUUAUUUACCCACCCCACGCUCACACACACACGCACAUACGAGGGUCGGUUUAUUUGUAGGGUCUUUCCAGCGAAUUAAAGCGUCUGUCGGAUGCACGGCUGGAUUUCAAGCAGUCUGAAAGGUCUGGUCAGAUUCAGCACCACAUCGGCUCUGAACAGCUCCCGGUCGUCGCGUGUGGAUGGGCUCUGUCGGUCUCCGCGCCUCCUGCAGCUCCUAACUACCGGCAACAAUGGCAUCACACGGGUUCUGGUCUCUUGGCGGAGAUAAUGCGGGGGCCAAUACCGGGAGUCAGAGUCCGAGUACGCCCAGGGCUUGGUGCCAAGCAGCGGCCCAGAAAUUAUCCGGAGGAAUUGGAUCGAAAUUAUGUGCGCUGCUAAAUGUCGGGGAGGUGGAGAAACCCACCGAGCCGGGCGCCAAGCAGCCGCCGCAGACGGCUGCAGGAACCUGCGGCUGCAACAAAUCCUGCAACUGCACCAAAGCUGCUGUGGUCUUCUCCGACCUCUAUUCAACAGACCUGUUACCGGCCACGGACGGUGACACCAAAACGAUGACCUUCCUGCAGGAAGUUGUGGAUAUUUUACUGGCUUACAUAGUGGAGUCUUUCGACCGGGAAACGAAAGUUAUUGAUUUUCAUUAUCCGAACGAGCUGCUUCAGAUGAACAACUGGGAGCUGCAGGACGAACCUGCGACUCUGGACGACAUCUUGAUCAGCUGUCGCGCUACAUUGAAAUACGCUAUCAAAACAGCCCACCCCAGGUACUUCAAUCAGCUCUCCACGGGAUUAGACAUGGUCGGACUGGCAGCCGAUUGGCUAACAUCCACCGCCAACACCAAUAUGUUCACCUAUGAGGUUGCUCCUGUCUUUGUGCUGCUGGAGUACGUCACUCUGAAGAAGAUGAGGGAGAUCAUUGGCUGGCCGGAUGGGCGAGGAGAUGGCAUUUUUUCUCCUGGUGGUGCUAUUUCUAACAUGUACGCCAUGCUGCUGGCCCGCUUCAAAAUGUUCCCUGAGGUGAAAGAGAAGGGAAUGUCAUCCGUUCCCAGACUGGUGGCCUUCACAUCCGAACAUAGCCAUUUUUCAAUCAAAAAAGGUGCAGCAGCUCUCGGCAUUGGGACUGAAAGCGUGAUCUGCAUCAAAGCAGAUCAAAGCGGUAAAUUGAUCCCAGCUGACCUUGAGAGGCGAAUACUGGAGGCAAAACAGAAGGGUUUUGUACCUUUCUUCGUAAGUGCGACUGCUGGGACAACAGUGUAUGGAGCUUUUGACCCCCUCAUCGCCAUUUCUGACAUUUGCAAAAAGUACAACAUCUGGAUGCACGUGGAUGGAGCAUGGGGAGGAAGUCUGCUCAUGUCCAGGAGACACAGGUGGAAGCUGGACGGAGUUGAGAGGGCCAAUUCAGUCACAUGGAAUCCACACAAAAUGAUGUCCGUCCCUCUGCAGUGUUCUGCCCUGCUGGUCAGAGAGGAGGGUCUUAUGCAGAACUGCAACCAGAUGCACGCCUGCUACCUAUUCCAGCAGGACAAACACUACGAUCUUUCUUACGACACCGGAGACAAGGCGCUGCAGUGUGGACGUCAUGUGGACAUCUUCAAGCUGUGGCUCAUGUGGAGAGCUAAGGGCACCAUUGGGUUUGAGGCUCAGAUUGACAAGUGUCUGGAGCUGUCCGAGUACCUCUACAACAAGAUUAAAGACAGGGAAGGAUACGAGAUGGUCUUUGAUGGCAAACCUCAGCACACCAACGUCUGCUUCUGGUACCUGCCGCCUGGCAUCCGCUACAUGGAGGACAAAGAGGAGAGAAAGAAACACCUGCACAAGGUGGCUCCCGUCAUAAAAGCCAGAAUGAUGGAGUACGGGACAACUAUGGUGAGCUACCAGCCACAAGGGGACAAGGUCAACUUCUUUCGCAUGGUGAUCUCAAAUCCUGCUGCUACCUUUGAGGACAUCGACUUUCUUAUUGAGGAGAUUGAACGACUUGGCCAGGAUCUAUAAGACUCAUCUCUCCAAAUCCUCUUGUACUUUUCCCCUUGACGGAUGAAUUGUUUGUCGUGAAUGUACUGGUAAACUUAUUUUCUUUUCUCUCAAUCUUUCCUCCAAAGUCUCAUAUUUAAGAGUAUAUUUGAGAAAAAAGAUCUGCAGAUAUAUCCAUAUAUUACGUAUUGUAGCUUUGCCGUGGGCUGACUUGGUCCAAAGCUAUGUAAAAGUGCUUCUGUCUGCUUCUCCUGUAGUGUAGUAGAUCCCAGAGUAGUGUAAGUGACGUAACUUUAUAUGUAAUUUUUGUGAUAUGAAAUGCUUGUGCAAUAAGUUGAUGAGAAAGAGUUUAUUUUUCAAUCAUUUCUCAUUUGCCGAGUCCGUUGUUAAGUGCCAAACGUGGUUGUGUUCUAUUGUAACUUUAAAGCAUUUUAAACUUCUCGUUUAAAACAAAAAUAGCACUUCACCUUACCUCAGCUUAAUCAACUGCCUUUACAUCUGCACAUUAUACUCAAAGCAGGAGAGAACUCCUUCUCUUACCUGGUGUUGUUACGCAGUGCCAGCACAUGUUAAAGACAUAACCCAGCCAGAGCAGACUGCAUGAUGGAAACGUGAAAACAGAGCAGUUCAAAGCAUUUACAAUCAAGCCAGUUCACCACCCAUCACCUCUGCCUUUGACAGUUCAACCUGCAGCUCAUGAUGCUGCUCUGCUUAUUGAUUAUUAAGACUUUUUUACUAUCUUUCUAAUGUGUUUAGGUGAUAAAGGCUUGUAAAACCCAUGUUGCUGGACAUUGUUGACUUGCUACAUGAAUACAUCGAAAUGGGAUCCAUUUCCAUCCUUGCUGUAUAAUUAGCUUUGCUCCAUAUGUUAGAAUGAAGAUCGGCACUUGAGCUAUAAUCCUUAAGUUUCCAGUGUAUUGAACUGCACUGAAUAGAUUUCAGAUUUUCUGCAGUAGUCAUCAACUGUAUUUGUGUCCUGUUACUGUUGCUAUGUGUGGUAGUAGUACCAGUUGUUUUCCAAAGCAUUUCACCUAACAACCUUAUUUUUUUCAUUGCAUAUUCGACAGACUAACUGCUGAAAGCCAAUCUGCUGCCUCCAGGGGCCAUUACAUACAUGUAUUCAUUUCCUUGCACUGAGUAGGACACCAAGGUAGUAGUUGAGUAGAAUUUUUUUCUUUUCUUGGAAAGGAUACCAACUGAGUACAUCACCAGACAUGUCUAAGGGUCUACAGUUUGCUUUAUGUAGUCUGUGUUGGGAACAUUAGUUUAGUCCAAACAACAUAAUGAGUCUAAUGUAAAUUACUUCAAAUUCUCUUAGAAUUCUUCUUCACUCGUUUACCUUGACCGCUUGACAUUUUCAUUUUAAAGGAGGACAAAUUAGGUAAUUGUUUGACUAUUUGAUCACAACCCUGAUGUUCCAAUACAGCUCCCAAAUUAAAUUCAUUGCUCAGUAGAGGUAUACCCCAAAUACGUAGGAUUGCCCACUCCAUCUGAAUGAACAACUUCCUGCCGUCCUGCAUCAUUAAUUCACCUCUUUGAGACUUGAAAAGGCGAAGACAUACAAGGAAGCAUGUUGAAAUUAAGUCCUUGCCUUGUUUCUUUUGCACAACAGUAUAUGGGAAGUAUGACCAAUUGAUCAUUUAGGCAAAGUGCUGCCAAGGUGCCCCAAAGGGCAUCAUAGCCCUGGCUUCACUGCAUGCCCACUGCCAUUUAUAUACAGGGAACUUGCAGUGCUAAAGAUUCACUAUGAAUGGAUCUGUUAUCUAACUUUGUGGAUAUGCCUUGUACAGAGAGUCUAUGUCAACGUUUGGCAAAAAUAUAUUUUGUUUUACUUAAAAUGUUACAAAUGAAUUGCUUUUUAGUGCUGGUUGCAGUGAACCUGUUGGAACUUGGAUGUUACAGGGUACACGGUGCAUUGCCCAGGUGGCAGUUUAAGUCAUAUCCCCUUUUCUCGCCCCAUCAGGUUAAUUAAUUCCAGUACCAUCUCUGGGCACUGCUCCCAAAGCUGUGUGGCACCGAAUUGCCGCUAGCCUGCCAAACAAACCAGGACAGAAAUCUUAAGGAUUAUAACUUUAAAUAUGAAAGAAAAGAUUUUCUUUUUGUAGUCACGCUUUUGAAUGAGCACUUACUGAAAGGUUGUGGAUCUUAAGAAACCAAGAAUUGGGCAAUAAUGGGGUAUUGUUGGGAUAUAGGAUCUUAACCAGAUUUGCAGCUACUGUAUACCUGACAUUACUUGCACUAAAUCACUGUUGGGAGGAGCAGCAUCCCUUAGCAUUGCAACUGAGAUUUCGUCUUUCUGCAUUCACAAGCAAUAUUUGAGUAUGGGUCCAAUAUAUAUAUCUAUAUAUAUACAUACGCAUAUAUGUAUCCUGCAUAAUAUCAAAAGGAUCAAUAGUAAAUGAUAAUCAAGUUUCCAGACCAAACCCAUGGUAGUUUGCAAAAAACAAGAACAAAAAAAGAAACCUGGAGUAAAAGCAGGCUUAUCGUAGGCGGGUUAGUUGGAAUGUGAACCCUGAUUUAUCAGGCAGAGGUUCUGUAGCAUUUUCAUUAGAACAAG